AUGAUGAAAGAUUAAGAUGUGUUAGAAUUUCAUGAUUACAAAUAGUCGGUUCUACUUAAGAUGUUACGAAUCUACUAAGAAAUUUAUAGUGAUUGUGAUGGAGAUAGGAUUGUUGUGGAAGCCUACAAUACCAAAAUCAGUAAGCAGGAUCUGGACAAGUUCAUAGUGGAUCCCAAUUUUGAGUUGAGCAUUGAACUUGUUAUUCUCUAUCUAAAUUACAUAAUUAAAUAUAAUUAGAUUACUCAGAAGAUAGCUCCUUACUUUUUGAUUAUAACGAGUGAGGAUUACAAUCCAUCCUUUGGGAAUGUCAUAUUGUAUGAUGGUUAAUUGAUCACUCAAGUGCCUCUGGCUAAAUUCAAGUACGAUGGUAAUAAAUAAAAUGCUCCAAUUGUAAUAUUGAUGAGAUGUAAAAAUAAAUGGAACAUGAUAAUUUUGGAAUUACAGCCAUGGAUUAUUGAUUUUAGAACAGACAAAAAUACUAGUUUUAAUGCUAUAUCUGCAUUUGCUACUCAAUUCAUUUUGGAUACAUUUGGGAUUUAGAUCAAGAAUUUCAAUGAUUUUAUGUUGGAUUACGAAUAGCAAGGAGACCAGGGUGAUUUGAUAGUGUAUGCAAUAUACAAGGUGUUUGUGAUGAAUUUGGAUCUAAUGGGAGACACAAUACUUACCAGGAAUGAUUACACAACAGCAAAACGUAAAUUGUUGUGGUUGGCAUUGUCUCAUAUGAGAGAGAGGAGGAAGGAGGAUGAUGAUGCUGAAUUUACGAGAAGAUUAAUGAAGAAAUAGCGGGAAGAGAUGUAAAAGCAAAUGGAAGAGGAAGAGGAGAGAAAGAGGCAAAUAAAAAACUAGUUAUCUGAAAAAAGGAUGUAAGUUUAUGGAUUCUUACACACAGUGGAAUAUCCUUAGGAAAUAAAAAAGGUUGAGGAUACUCCUGAGUAGAUUUUGCUAAAGAAAUAAUUGGCUUAGUUUAAUGUGACCAGACCAAGGGAUAAGGUUGAGGCAUACCUUACAAGAAUGAGGGUCAAGGAUCCAUUCGAAUUUUAAUAUCCUGAACCUCAAAAGUAUGAGGCUCCUAAAAAGGAUCCGAAGGGCAAAGUAAAGAAUUUUGUUUAUGAAGUUGAAUGGCCAAAAGCAACUCCUGGGGUUCAACAAAUGAUAACUCCUGCCUCUUACUGCGUCACAUAACUCUUUUCGGAUAACACUUUGUAACCAGAACAACCAAAAUUAUAGAAAGUUUACGAUUAUGAGAUUUUGGAGUAAUGGGAGAAACAAAGACAAAAACUAUAAUAGUAAACGUAGGUGUAAACAGUCCAAAGAAAUGGUAGUUAUUUUGGAUCAAUCGGAUCAAGAGUAUUUGAUAACACUGAUUAUACCAAUGGAGUAGUAGUUCCAGUGGGAAGAAAGAUUGUCAAGCAAGUAGAUAGAUGGGAAAGCAAGCCCAAGAGAUUACACAAAAUACAAAUGGUAGAUAGAUGCAUUGAAUAAUUAGAAGAUGACUUAUUUUUAAAUUAUUGA